AUGUCUCCCUACGUGCCGGUUAUAACGGCUAUCUACAACUUCAAGAUACAACUCUUGAAUCUCAUAGAGUGUCUAAUCCAUAAGCACGGUUAUAGUAGACGUGCUGCAUUUGAAGGCUGUGGAGAGCUUGUUGAAGUUAAAAUAGUAAUGGACAAAAUUUCUAAAAGGUCAAAAGGUUAUGCAUUCAUAGAAUACACUACGGAGGAAGCUGCUAGUGCAGCUCUCAGAGAGAUGAAUGGCAAGUUGUAUGUUUGUUCCCUCAUCAUUCUCAUCUUCUCGAAAAAAAACUCAUCCUCGAGGUUCAAUUUAGGGGUGAGCACAGGCCAGGUCGGGUCCAACCAACCCCACAAAAAUGAUGGUUCCAUCAAACUUUUCGUAUUCGGGGACUCGUAUGCUGAUACCGGGAAUGUCGGAAAAUCUGUAUCUCCUUCGUGGAAGGAACCUUAUGGGAUCACUUUUCCUGGAAAGCCCGCCGGCCGUUUUUCGGAUGGUCGUGUGCUCACUGAUUAUUUGGCUCAAUUUUUGGGUAUAAGAUCUCCAUUACCUUACGCAUUGAGAAAAUAUGCGAAGAAAUCGAAACUGGAGAACGGGAUGAACUUUGCAUAUGGAGGGACGGGAGUUUUCGAUACGUUGGUGAGUGGACCAAACUUGACCACCCAAAUCGGCUUUUUCCAACUUCUGCUUGAACAAGAAAAAGUGUAUGACAAACGCGACCUAAUUAAAUCCUCCGUAGCUCUAGUGUCAGUUGCGGGGAACGACUACACAUCUCAUUUCGUUAAACCAGGCAAUGGCAGUAAGAUGCAUUUGUGUAAAGAAUGA